CUCUUGUAAAGGGUCGCAAGGAAGCAGCCAGCUUGGGGGAUGGUAUUGCUCGCAGAGCUUGUCAUGGUAAAAGGCCCAGUCCCGGCUUCCUGAGCGAAUUGUUCGUUUGGGGGAUCUCUCCUGUACAGGUCAGCCUUUCCAGGGCUGCUGCAUUUUCUUCUCUUUCUUGUCAGUAGCUGACCAUUGUUUGCUGCCUCUCUCGCUACACCCUUUGUCUUUAGCCCUCAUGCGUCUGCAUUUGUUAUUGCCAAUCUCAAUACUGUUAUUCUCACCUCCCCCCCCUUCCUAUCUCCUUUGUGCUCUGAGGACAUGAAACAUUGCAGCAGCAGAAGCCAAUGGCGCUAGUAAGGUAACACAGGGCUGCUGGAUCCUUUCUGCAGGAUGUGUGCCUGUGGCAGCCAGGAACAUAAAUAGCUUUUUAAAGGAUUACACAAUUUCAUUGCUAUCGCUAUCCACAGCAUAGGAACAGCCUAUCAAAUCCCCAAAUGAAACCUUCAUGUUCAGAGGCACUGUAUCCCUGAGCACCAAAUACUGGGGAGAAACCAGAAGGCAAGCUUGGGUCUAACUCGCAGCUUGUGAGCUUCCCAGAGGCUGGCUGCUGUUUGGAACAGAAUAAUAGGCCCUUGUUCUCAUUUGGAGGGGUUUUGUUCCUCCAUGAAUUUUUCAGGCUUUCCUGACCAAGCAAUGCAGCAAUCCCAACAAGCCCCAUUGAACUCCGUAUUCUUACUGAUUGGGCAAGUGCAGGAUAACUAGAGUUGCACAGGAAAUGAAGUCUAAAGAGUUUUGAGUCUGCUUGGAUGACUUGCUGGCCAUAGUUUGUUCGUAUGCAGAGAGGGGAUGGUUCUUUCCUAAUGUUUUAACACAGAGAAAUGGAUGACUGCUCAUAGCAGGGGUGGCUCCCUUGUGGUCCUCUAGCUGCUGCCAAGUUAUAGUUUCCACCAGCCCCAGGCAGCAUGGCUGAUGGGUAGGUCUGGGAACUGUACUUCUGCAACCUCUGACUUAAAGGUUCUGACAACCUGAAACACCAAUAUGUUUUGAUUGGGAUAAUUCUUAGAUUCAGUUGAAAGUCUUAACUUUCUUUCAUCAGAGUUUGAAAAAGCAUGGAACCAUUUCAGCGACAAGUAGAUGAGUGCAACCCUUUGAUACCAGGAUAUACAGGUAAAAAAACUGAGAGUCUUGGCCUGAGCUUUGUUCCCAUUUCUCAGCUGAUAACUUGGCAGAGAGCAAAAUAACAUGCUAAAAGGGGCAGCCAAAUAAUCAUAGCUUUUCACAUCGGCUCCCACUUUGUUUUGAUGCACUUUGUACUCAAUAUGGCAGUAAUAAACAGGAUUAUGAUUUUAGUAGCCUGUUAAAGCUAUCUAUUUGCUAUUGUAUGCUGUGAGGCAGGCACAGGCAACCUUCGGCCCUCCAGAUGUUUUGGACUACAGUUCCCAUCAUCCCUGACCACUGGUCCUGUUAGCUAGGGAUCAUGGGAGUUGUAGGCCAAAACAUCUGUAGGGCCAAAUGUUGCCUAUGCCUGCAGUGAGGAUUGACCCAGCACCCUAGUUUUGCCUGAUGAAUGAGGGAAAACACCUUUCAAUCUCAGGCUCUCUCCCAAGGGGUGGGAAGCUUAUGCGCCUCACGUCUACAAGUUGCUGGGCUACAACUUCCAUCAUCCCUGAGCACUGACUUACAUCACUAGCAGAGUGAUAGGAUGAGCCUCGAAUGCAGAACAACAGUAUUAUUGGUGAAGAGUAAUACUGUACAGUACACAAUACUAUCUAAAUCAGUCCCUUCAUAAGGCUGCUAAGUCUAGAGUCUACAACUACCUAACUGCGCCACAGAUUUCACGCUCCGCUCCUUACACUGUACUGAGACACCAAAACACAAGCACAUACCUAGCUCUCUUUCUGAAGAUCUGGAUAGCAAUUUUAUACUGGCAAAUUAGGCUCUCUUCUGCACUCAGUAUUUUUUAGAGUGUGUUACCUGCAGAGUGUGUGUGUGUGUGUGUGUGUGUGAGAGAGAGAGAGAGAGAGAGAGAGAGAGAGAGAGAGAGAAGUAUGUUGCUGCAGAAAUGCCUCUGAGUGAUAAUGAGAACUAGAAUGUUGUUAUGAAUUCUCUGAAUUCUCAGGGUACAACUUGGAGGGUGGUGGUAGUACUUUGAUUCCAUAACUAUUUUAUUGAAAAUUCUUACUAUGAAUUCUGCUGAGUUACCUUAUAUGACUGACAUUAUACAAUACCUUAAAUAAAAAAAAACAGAAAGCAUAACUAAAUAAAAUAGGCAGCUACAGUGGGCACACCUGCAAAAUCUUGCUAAUACAUGCUCUAUUCUAACAUACUUUAUUGUCUACAAAUGACACUGGCUGUUUUGGCAAACUAAAUGUUGAGACUCAGACACCUGCUAAAUUUCUAGUUGCUUGGGUAUAAAUCUCAGUGGUUGGUAGUGUGACAGUAGGCUUUGAAAUGCUAGGAAGGUGAUGGAAGGCUGAUGUUCACUUUCUUGUGAAGAAUUCCAACACUCAUCCCUACCCUCUGACUAAAAGCCUGGGAAUCAAAAGCACCCAGGUUUGCAGGCAUCAGACACUAAAUCAGUAUGCACGGCAGCUGCAAAACUUUGUGUCUGGAAACACCCAAAUUUCAUGUUGUGCAAAUUAAUCAAAUGGCAACAAAUGUCACAGUGACAAGCUGGCGAUGGGCAGGUAAGGAUGAUCACUCUGAAAAGGGCUGGAGCUGAAAGCCCACGUAUAUGACCCGCCAGGUCAUCCUUUUGACGCAUUUACUAUGAAUGCAACAGAAUGUUAAGUUGGCUCCCACCAUGGACUGUACGAAGCCUGUAUACACAAAUAAUGAGUAAACAGUGGGAUUAUCCUUAUGAUAGUCCUGGGGCUGCAGACACACACAAGAAGUUUUGUUGAAGGAAAGCCUAGACUAGUCCGCUGAUGGCUUCUUCAUGAUGCUUGUGAACUUCUGUUGCCCUUUCCAGGCUACAUCCCUUAUAGAUUCUACCGAAUUGGAACUAGCUUCGGAAACGAUUCUGUGUGGUGUGUGAAUGCGUUUCGUGAGGCUACUCAGAGAAAAUGUGACCAAAUGGAAGAACUGAGGCUCACAGCGGCUACAGCACCCCAGCUGCCACCUCUUUGCUCGAAUGAAGAAAUAAUAAACGUACUUGAUGACUAUAAUAGCAAACACCAUCCAAAUGUGCUGGGUAUAGUAUACCUCAUUUCUAAUUAAUUUGGGCUUAGGAUUCCUAAAAUACCUUCUCUCCCUUCAUAUCCCCAGCUCAUCCGUGUUCUCUGCAGGAGAGGGCAUACUGCAGGUAUUGUCUUGCCAGGAGGCCUGUUCCACUAUGAUACAGUUACUGGAGAUGCAGCUCUUGACCCCAAGUUUCUGCAGAGUAGCAGAGUCCAUGUUGUUUUCACAUCCACCCCAUACCUUUAAAGAACAUUCUUUUCCCCAAAGAAUCCUCAAAACUGUAGUUGACCCGUUACAGCUACAAUUCCCAGUGCCCUUAACAAACUACAGUUCCUAGGAUUCUUUGAAGGGGAGCCAUGCACUUUGAAUGUGCUGUAAGCAUAUGGUGUGGAGAGGAGGUGGGUCAGAGACAAGCUACCACUCUAGAAAACUCAUUGCACGUAGCACCCUUAGAGUCACCGUCAUAUGUGGCAGGCUUGAAUAUUUAAGGCGAGACUCAGAGGGGUGGGGGGUGGUUGCUGCAAGCUUGGUGACUGGUUUGCUAGACUGAGUUAAAGUGUAUGGUUCCCAUUCAAGAGGAAGCCUCCUUUUUUCAUGAUGCUUGCCCUCUGAGGAGAUACAGGGUUACAAAGGGAGCAGAUGUCAUGUUAGCAGUGAGCUAGCUUAGGGCAUGCAACUGAACGGGGGGGGGGGGGAGGAAGAAAAAGAAGCUUGGCUUGGCUUGGCAUGUUAUGUACGCAUUGCAGAUCUACAGAUGAAAUUUAGUUCCAAAUGAAACCUUCCACCCACCCUGAUAAGCAUAUCUAUCCACCAUGUUUGCCUGCUUCAACAUUUACACGAACAGGCUCUGUUCAAGGUGCUGUACAAGGCGCUGUGCAGUUUGGGACCAGGAUUCCUAAAAUACCUUCUCCCCCUUCAUAUUCCCAGCUGAUCUGUGUUCUCUGCAGGAGAGGGCAUCCUGCAGGCAUUGUCUUGCCAGGAGGCCUGUGCCAUACAAAGUUGGUCUGUUCCACACCUACUUUCUGGAAGUCUCACUGGCUACAUAUGAGACAGGUGCCAUCUCUUCCAUCUUCUUGUCUGUUGAAAACUUUCACCUUUAACAAGCCUUCUAAGUCAAGAACUUUUUUAUCCUAGUCUGCAUCUGUAUUGGAUAUGAAAUUGUAUUUAUAUAUUUAACUUUAAAAAACCCCACAAAUACACACAUACACAGGUCUUGUGAAAUUGCUUCACAAUUCUUCAUAAGAAAUGCUUCAUGACUGAAAUUAAUUAAUUAAUAACAACAGACCCAGGGCAUCAUCUUUAGCCCUAACCUGAAGCAUGAGCACCACCUUUAAUGCUUUAGCGAUUCCAUCUCUGUCUCUUAAAAGAAACCCGCAAACUGGUGGUUGUGCCACUGAUGUAACCUGACCUUAGAUCAGGGCAUGUUCCACUUGUGGCUAUACCACUGUACUGUUUUGUUCCUGGGCCUGACUAGCCCACAUCCAGGUCUUGAAACAAACUUUCCUUCUUGACUCUGUUUCCUAACUCCCUCCAGUGUGGUGUAACAGAGAUAAGUCUGAGCUUUCAGCUUUCUGCCAUAGGACAGAUUUCCAUCUUCAUUCCUGUAACUUGGUAAGUUGAUUGAACAGUGGAGUAAAAGUUCUGUUGGAUGUGAGUCAUUGCACACACAAAAAGCUGUCUGUGAAUGUUUUCUCUUCUUUUCUUUUUAACAGAAUGUGGAAACUUUUAGGCAGUUUUUCAUUUUCUUUUAAAGCAAAACACUGACCUUUGUUCCUCUGCUGUCGUGCACAGAUGACAAAUUCUAGUAUCAAAAGCAUUUUUGCUUUGCCAUAGGGGGAGCUCCCGGCAGUGAUCCACAUGUGGCCUGAACAUGGGAAGGCAGAGGAGAUCUUAAGUCUGUUUUGAUGAAUUGUGGUGGUUAAGGGGGUAAUGACGGUUCCCUCUUUGAGAAAAGUACCAGUCACUUUCUCCAGGUCUUUUGAGAGAAACUCUAUCUUUGCAACUAGCAGCACUAAACCAUGACAAAGGGCUCUAAUAGCUUUGUUAUUACAGAUGAAGAGCAACAGAAAUUGCUUUCUGUCCUGAGUUUUUUAUCUACAGCUACAUGGACCUGCUCCAUGACCUCUAAAGCUCAGCUGGAGAAAUAGAAAGGAAGCAACGUGCAUUUUGAGUUAUUUCUUCCGAAAGGGAGGCUUCAGACUUGUAGAAACCUAAUAUGCAAGUACCAUAAGACUUGCAAAAAAAUAUUGCAGUGCGAUUUACUUCCAUUCAGGAUGUUCCAUUCCAUUCACCUUCUUAUCUGCUUUUCUGUCUCCCCACAUCAACCACAACAGUUGGUCAGCUAUCCAUGGCCACUGAGUCUUCAUUGGGCUGUUUGGAGUCCCCCCCAAAUUAUGUUUGUACUUUUGCAAAAUUUGGUCCUUCAAAGCCUCCUGAUACCUUCCUGUUGUACAUGGGUCAUGGUAUUUUGGCUGUGCUUGAAUAAUUUAGAUUGCUAUUAGUAUAUAUGAUUAUCUAGCAAAUUUGCCAUAACACAGACUGAUACCCAUGGUUUUACUUACUACCUAGCACAGUGGAAUUUGCUAUAGGCUCUACUCUUGCUGGAGUGCAGCCAGCACUGGGUGCCUCUACAUACUGUAAAUGGAGAACUAACAGUGCUUGCAACUUCUAGCUUUGAACCUUCCUUAGGACUUCUUCAGUGGUCUUCUCUCAGGAUAUUCGGAUUCUUGAUCCAGCCCAUGAAUUAUAUAGAACUGUUAUUUCUCUUUCUCACUGAUGGGAAUUGUAUACAGCUCUUUCCCACUUAGACCCUUUCUCUUGAAACUGGAAUGUUUUAAAGAGCACCUGUCUUUCUUCCUGUAGUAAAUUCUUUGCAAUGGUUGGCUGAGUAUGCGAUGGUGGAGUAAUACAAGGUUUCACAGAUUUCAGGCUUGUCAGAUCUACUUCAUGUUUUCGUAGAACCCCAAGAUCUACCAACCAGAUUCAGGCGAAAAAGACUUGGUGCAAGUUAAAGAACAUUGCUAAUGCAAUGGACCUCAUUUGUGUCAUUCUCCUCACUCUAUGUAGGGUUAUUUUUAGCCUCUGUAAGCUUUCAAUUAAUGCCCCAUUUCAUCACUUUGUAUUUGGUCUUUGGUAAGCUCUACAUAAUUGCAUACAGAGUUGUGUGAGCUUGUGUUUCUUUAUUUAUCUGUAUUCCUUUGUGUUGUGUUUUGCCCAUUUCAUCACUUUGCAGGGCCUGUGGAAACAAAAAGGAGUCUACUUGAGCCACCUAUUCCAGGCUGGACUGGCUUUGUGCCCAGGUCUAAGGUUACAGAGUUUGGUCACGGAGCUCGCUACCAUGUGAUGGCAGAAAAUUGCUAUCGAGAUUUUCAGAACUCCUUGGACAGAGCCAAACAGGAUCCUGCUACCAAGGAAUCCAUGUAUGUUGGCAUAAAGAUCUUUCACUGGGCUGGGCUGCAGCCGAGAAAUCAUGUGGAUAUAAUGUUACAUAAUGUUACUCAUUCAUCUAUUCUCAACUAUUGUGUUAUUUUUAUAUCUUUUCCUCCUAUUAUUAAACACCUUGAUCAUUUUGCAUGAGCAGCUGUUAGCAUGAUAAGACAAGAUCUUUGUCGCUGUGAAUCCUACAAGACCUGUCUCUCAGGAUGAUGAGAAACUAUCAGGGUGGAAAUAGUUUAGGGGUUUUUGUUGGUUAUAUUUGUGGUUAUAUUUUUGUAAUUAUGAAUAACUUUUGAUGUUGUGAGUCAUGAGUCACCUUGAACAUGGCUUAACUAGUAUGGAAAUAAAUGAUGAUGGGUGAAAACAUAGAAAAUCUUGGAUAUAAAUUUCAAAUGUCAGGAUUGGGGACACUUCAAGUAUGGUUGGACUCCAACUCCCAUCACCCUUAGCCAGCAUGGCCAAUGGUCAGGGAUGAUGGGAACUGUAGUCCAACAGUAUCUGGAAGACCACAGGUUCCUCAUCCUUGUUCCAGUAUAAUCCACCAUAGGUGUAUUAAAACAAACAAACAAACAAACAAACAAACAAACAAACAAACAUUGUGAAUGUAAGGUGGCAAAAGCUUCCCAUGUCAAAAUGGUGCCAGGCUGACCCUUAUGUCAUGAUGCUUCAUUGGUACCAAGGAUUGGAGGGAAGAAGUUUGUUUUAGAUCCAGACACACACUGCUUGCUGCUGUUGUUCCCCUAUAAAACAUCAAUGUCAGGCAGAAAAUCCAAAUGGAAUGCAUUUACUCUGCCUCUAUGGAGCAGGAAGCAAGAAAUCCAAACUCCAUUGGCUACCAAAUCCAGCCAAUGAAUUGCGGACUUGCAUACCAUCCAAUAUUUCUCUGAUGAAAAUAGUGACGUGCCAUUCCAUAAUGAUAAUUUUACUAUUUAUACCCCAUACAUCUUAUUGGGUUGUCCCAGCCACUCUGGGCAGCUUCCAACAUAUAUAAAAACAUAAUAAAACAUUAAACAUUAAAAAAAAAACUUACCUAUACAGGAUUGUCUUCACAUUGGUGGGGGUUGGGUAACUCCAUACCUUCCAACAUUUCUCCAGUGAAAAUAGGGACAUCCUAAGGAAAAGUCAUCGUCGUCAUCAUCAUUUUAUUUGUAUGCCGCCUUAAAAACAAUGCUCAAGGUGGCUUACAACAUGACAAGAUUUACAUAAUUACAAAAGUCAUAAACAAUAAAUAAAACACAUAAAAAAAAAUACACAACCAAAUGGAAAACAGUUUCCACAUAAAUCAAAAUCUAAAACUAUGAAUACAGCAUUAAUAUCACAGUUUAAAAUGACAUAGGUAAAAAAUAACAGCAAUUUAAAACAAACAAACAAAACCCCAAAAUGGAGCCCUCUCUGCCCAGCAGCAGCGGCAGCAGUACUUUAUGGAGCCCGUCAGGCCCCACCCUAGGCCAUAUGGUGAGUGGCAGGACUGGGGCCCCCAGGCGCUCAGCAGGGGAGUCCUCCUGGGUAGCAGCAGCAGCAGCAGCAGCAGUUCUUAUAUGGCCAAAAGUGGGACAUUCCAGGAUCAAAUCAGAAACCAGGAUGGCUUCUCUAAAUCAGGGAUGCCCCUGGAAAAUAGGAACACUUAGAGGGUCUGGACUUGCUUUGCCAUAUGAAAACCAGAGACAUUCUGCCUUCCCAGAAGCAUUUGAUAAGACUAUCACAUGCACUGUUUCAGUCAUAUGCAAAGCUGCACAUAAUAUGUUGAUACAGUCAAGAAAGUUGGAGAAUGGCAAGCACCAAAACAUCAUUUAUUUUAUUUAUUUUGUAGGAAAGAGAUCCCUGCAACCAAACUCAAAGAAUCACGCCCAUACCAGAGAUUCUACAGGCCGGAAGGGAUGAUGCCUAAGUAUACUGGGCAUAUUCCACGUAAGGCUUUAGGAUUGUAUUAUUUGAAACUAGCCACUUACUAUGGGCCUGUUCACAAGGCCAUGUUCACCUGUCUCAACUUUUGGAGAAGAAGAGAGUCAGCACCAAAAAAAAGCUGGUGCUUAGUGAUGAGAGGGGUAUUGCUCGAUUUGUUUUGGUCCUCAGAGAAAAAGGUUCUUUAUGUGCCUUGCUUGGGCAUGUGAGUUAAAAUAACUCAGUCAAAGGUUAUCAUGCUUUCUACUAUAUCUUCAUUGAGUUGAUUGAACAGGUGUUCUGAAGCAGGGCACACAAGAGCCCCUUUGCCUCCAAGGAAGACUGUUUUAGUCUUGUAGAAGUCAGUUGGCCCAUAUCCUGUUAUACUGGGCCCACCAUCUGUUGCUGAUACUACACCACACUUUGACCACUAUGAUCAGCAGAGUAUGCACAGCUCCAGCAAAGCCAUCUAGCAGAACAUCGGUGUCUUCCUGCUUUCCAGCCUUUUCCAGAGUUCCUGGUUAAGAAAACUCCUUUCCUACACAGUUCAGUUCAAAGUAUAAAAUGUUUAUUGCCUCAUGAUUCCUGUGUGUGUGCACAUGGGUUGUGCCCCCUCAAAAUUGUGCACCCACGGUUAUGGGCCCUGCUGCCUCCCACAUUAUCUCCCUGCAAGUACUCACCCUAUGGAUGGGAGCCCACCCAUAAACUGCAAUGAGCAUUUAGACCCCUUGACUGUACUUGUCACAUGGCUUUAGGCAUUGAAAUAGGCCUUUUUGUCUUGUAGAUGAACGUUCUGGCAUCGGAAAGACCUUUGGUAAUGUGAGCAGAAGCUGUUCUGUCUGCAAUCACCCGGAAGUGAGCUAUGGCAUUUAUCUUGAUAAGAAACGGAAGGCUGUAAAGUUUCAAGAACCGAUCAAGGAAGAAAAGAUCCCCUUAACUGCAGCAAACAAUUAAAAAUAUACAGAAAUAUCUGAGAUUAUAUGUG